AUGAAUGAAUGUAUCGAGAAUUAUAUAAAAACGUUUAAGGAAGAAGAAAAUCUGUACGUAAAAAAAAAUGUUUCUAUAAUUGGAUCCCCCUUAUCGGCUGGACAAUCCUUAGGAGGAGUUCACUUAGCAUGUGACAACUUAAGGAUGUUAGGUCUACAUAAAGUGAUAAAGGCAAUGGGAUGGAGUUAUGAAGAUGUAGGAAAUGUGUGGAACAAAGAUAUCACAGGGGAAAUUGUUAAGGAAAAUCUAGAAAUUAAUGGAAAACAAAAUACACACAAAAAUACUAAUACUUACAUUGGAAAAGAGAAUUAUCGAACAGAAGGAAUGAAUGUGAAUGGAAAAUUAAAAUAUGUCUGUAAUGGUAAAGAAGGUAUAAACACAGGAAGUCAUAAUAACGUUACUGCUAUCGUUAAUGGUGACGAUGGUGAUGGUGAUGACGGGGAUGAUGGGAAAGUUUUGAGCAAAAAAUAUUCAGAAAACAUAUAUUAUAAUAAUAUAAAAAAUAUCGAAAUCAUCGGGAAAUUUUGUGAAAAAUUAUUCUUUCUGAUGAGUAAUGAAUUAAAAAAGAAAAAUUUCGUAUUAAAUAUUGGAGGUGAUCAUAGCGUUGCAUUCCCUAGUAUUUUAAGCUCUCUACAAAUUUACAAAGACUUGAGAGUUAUAUGGAUAGAUGCCCAUGGUGACAUUAACAUUCCGGAAACCUCCCCUUCGGGAUAUUAUCAUGGCAUGUCAUUAGCUCACACAUUAGGACUUUUUAAAAAAAAAGUUCCAUAUUUUGAGUGGUCAGAACAUUUAACAUAUUUAAAACCAGAAAAUGUUGCUAUUAUUGGAAUAAGAGAUGUUGAUACAUAUGAAAAAAUAAUUUUAAGAAAAUGCAACGUUAAUUAUUUUACAAUUUUUGAUAUUGAAAAAAAUGGAAUAUACAAUAUCAUCAGUAAAGCCCUUAACAUAAUAGAUCCUAAUGAAAAAUACCCUAUACACAUUUCAUUUGACGUUGAUAGUGUUGAUAGUUUUUAUGCACCUGGAACAGGUACCAUUGCAAAGGGUGGACUAAGCUACAGAGAAACAAAUUUAUUAAUGAAAGUUCUGGCUGACACAAGGCGAGUUGUUUCGAUGGAUGUAGUGGAAUAUAAUCCAUCACUCGAUGAAGAUGACAAAAGAGUUCAUGGGGAUUCAUUGCCCAUUGCUGAAAAUGCAACUAAAACAGGGAAACUUUGUCUGGAACUUAUUGCCAGGGUGCUUGGUUAUGACAUAGUCUAA